AUGUCCUCGACUUCCAACCCUCCUAAGGGUCAUUUCAAGGUGCUCUACUUUGCCGGUGCCAGCUCAUUUACCGGCAGGGACUCUGAGACCUGGCCUGCACCACUACCACUGAGCAAGCUCUUCGCUGAGCUCGAGUCCAAAUACCCUGAUAUUCCUGCUCCUGGCGAUGCCAGUGCACCAGUGAUCCAAGAGUCUGACGAGGUCGCCAUUAUACCUCCAGUCAGCUCUGGUUGA